CGCCAGCGAGUGAGAGUACCUCCGAUAAAGGUGACAUCGGGUCAUGGCGAGAUAUUCGGGGACGCAGGUGUCGUCGCGCGCGUUGAAAUCGCCGCGCGUCAGUCUCGCCGUCGCGCGUAUUCGCCCGGUCGCGUAAUUGGUGCCGCGAGCGAGUUUGCAAGUGCGGCAAAACAAUCGCUACGUGCGAAGGGAGACGGAGCGAGAGACGGACACGGAGAGUGACGGACAGAGUGUGCGAAAGAGACAGAGAGUGAGUGAGAGAGAGGGGGGAAAACGCGACGGAAGAUCACUGUGCGCGUUGCGCUCCGUUCGAAUCGAACGUUAUCUCGAUUAAUUUCGCGCGGCAAGUGAAAAACGACUUCGCGGCGGAUCGUAAACGGAGUAGCGACGCUGCUCCCCCCCUGUCCCCCGCGCGGUGCUCGCGCGAGGGAACGCGCUCGCGGGUUCUCGACGCGUCGCGGAUCCGUACCGAUUGUCCGGAUUGUCGCGCGCGAAUCCGAGCGAGUAGCGAGAGACGAAAAGAGAAAAAAAGAACAGGAUUGAAAUUUGGACGUUUGUGGCGAGUGUGUCUCGAGUUCGGCGAUCGCGAAUCCGAGUCGGCGGCGCAUCACCGGUGUUCGUGCGUGCGUGCGUGCGUGCGUGCGUACGCGCGCGCGCGCGUGUGUGCGAGUCGCGUGCGCGCAGGUAGUAGAAGUAGGUGCACGUUCGGGCGCAGGGGACGACGAGCGGACAGAGCGGUGAAUGAGCGGGAAGUUGCGAUCGCACGGCCAAGAGAGAAAGAGAGAGCGAGCGAGGGACGGGUGAGAGAAAGAGAGGGGGCGAGAGAGAGAGAGAGAGAGAGAGAGCGAGACCGGCACACGCGGGGUGUAUGACGGCGUUUCGGUGCGGCGAGGCGACGUUGCCAGAGUUUCCCCCCCCGUCGCGUACUCCGCUGUUACACGCCGCUAUACUAUACGGCGGCGAGAGGGAGAGGAGGGUGGCGGACACGAGAGCGACCGCGACGACGACGCUGACGACGACGACGACGACGGCGACGAUCGCGGUGGUGUUGGUACCGCGGUGCCUCUGGUAGUGGUGCGUGCGUGAUCGCGUCGUGCCAACGAGAAUCUAGACGCGCGCCGAUCCGUCCUUUCCCCCUUCAUCCACCCCUCUCUCUGCUCCGCGAGCCUCCCGAGAAGCCGCGACGAGAGGAUAUACGCCGCGGAUAUACCAUGGAACGACGCCUGACGACGUACGUUCGCAGAGACACGUGACAUGCCGAGCCACAAGCCAGCGCAAGCCAUGAAGAAGCCGCCACGCGUGGAUCGGGACCGGCUUCGGGAACGAGAGCGACAGGCCCGCGCGGCGAUGUCGGUCCAGGCGGAGCAGGCGGCUGCGGGAGGUGGUCCUGAUACGAGACACCAUCACCACCACCACCAUAACCACGCGCAUCAUCAUCACCCCAACAUACAUGUCUCCACGCCGAACCUCUUCCGUGCCCCCGUCAGGGUGAAUCCUGAUCCACAAAUCCAGUCCAAGCUGGGCAACUAUUCGCUAGUGAAGCAUCUACUCGACCAGCCUAAGCGCUUGAUCGGCAUCGAUGGCAUCCCGCCGAGUCCGGCGCCUUCGCCAACGCCCUCCGCCCACAAAUCAGGCACGGAUAGCUCCGGCAGGAGCUGUUCCCCGUCCUCGGGACAGGAGUUCAAGAAGCCCGGUGGGCUACGGGGCACGAGCGCCGCGUCUUCCUCGUCGAGCGCGAGCCAUCAGAAACGAGGCGGUUUCGUCAAACCCGCUGACGGCAAGCCGCCUUACAACGGUCGGGGUGGCUACCCCGGCCAACCAGUCAAGCACGGCGGCGGCAGCAACGAUCAUCGCAACCACGGUUUGCUUCCAGCUAAGGGCCCGCCGCCGCCGACCCAGCCCUCCUCCGUGGGGAACAACGGCACGCUGCCGAUCGGCAAUUCCGGCGGAAGUGUCGGCAAUCUCGGCGGCAGCGGCGGCAGCCUCGCGAGCCGCACUCAAUUCGCCGGCCGACUGAAGCUCAUCGAAGUUAACGGGUCUAACUCGCGAUCAUUGAUCGAUACUCCAGACGUAGAAAACAUCCUGAAGGAGAUGGCUGUGCCACUCACGCCAUUGACGGCGAUCGCACAGACACCGCGGAAGGAGCACGAGUCCAAGUUCACCUUCAACCCCCAUCUGGCGAAGUUGACGGAAGUCGCCCCGCCAGAGCCUGCGAAGCCUCAACGCCAGCACAACGCCAGCAGACUGUCUGCGGAUCUCGCGCGGGAUCUGAGUCUGUCGGAUAGCGAGGAUGAAGAGAAUAAGGAAAUAUUGUCGAGGCCGACGAGAGCAAACAGGAGUCCGGAUCUCACGGUUGUCGUUUCGAUAUCUUUAUCGAAAAUCACGGUGUCCAAUAUUGAGCAUCGUUUGAUCUCGCGUCCUUACAGUCUAUCGACGCCGUUGAUGACGUCGGCGCCGCCGCCUCUGACACCCAUGUCGCCCAUGGUCAUGUCACCCGUGGGCCCGUUGUCACCCCCGCGGCCGAUCAGCCCGCCCAGGUACCCGUCACCGCCCCCGAAGCGGGUGACGCCGAAGCGAGAGCUGUCUCCUCCUCCACCUGUUCUCAAUCAUCCCCUGCCAUCCGCGUGCUCCCCGACGAAUCCGGUCGUAGUCGGCCAGCCGUCGAGUCCAGCCGAGGCGCCGCAGAGCUCCGGAAGCGCCAGCUCGAGCUCGGACUCCGGCUCGGAUUCCGGCUCGGACAGCAGCGACGACUCCGAGGACGAGGACGACCUGGCGUCGGCGCCACCGCCGUCCAAGGGGCCCACGACGCCGCCCUCGGUCUCGCCGAAGCAGGAGAAUUUGGUCGAGGAACCGCCGCCCGCUGUGGAGGAACGUCGCUGGGAUCUCAGUUCUUUCUUCAACAAGACGGCGGUACAGCAUGGCGAACAGAACUCCGAGUCGAAGCCGGCUCAGGAUAACGCCAGGCGGGAGAAUACGCUCGAGAUAAAGACGGAGACCAGCAGGUCGCACAGGGAACAGCCCCGCGAUUGGCAGCUCGACGAGGCCUUGAAGAGGACUCACAACAUGAGUUCCCUCAGCGACAGCGAUCAUCACUCCGAUCAGGAGAAGGUUCAUAAGCUGGUCGAAGAUAAUCGCGCCCAGACGGAAAAGCCGAAAGUGGCCGAUACUAGAAAACGACCCGGGCGACCCAGGAAAUCCAUCAAGAGCCCGAAACGCAGUCAUCGGACAUCGGACGAGAGUCUGAAGAACGGCAAACCGCGCAGCCGGACGAGAACAGUCGCCACUUCCAGAAAACGGUCGCCACUCGUCAAGAAGAAGCAACCGAAAUCGAAGGAAAUGGUGCCCACGAGCGACGACGACAACGACUCGAGAUCGCACAGUGAUUCCGACAGCGAUCGUCGACCUACCAAAGUGUCGGCCGUGGUACCGACGAGAAAAGAAAUCGAAAAGAGAUCGAGACUGAGCGUGUCGUCCAGCGACGAUGAGAGUUCGCCACCGAACAGGAAAAAUAAUCACAGUGCCUCCGAGGACGACGCCGCGCGAUGGACAAGAGUUCCCCCCAUCAAGCGGAGCAAUCUGUUGGACUCGCCGAAGAAGCAAGACCAGAAGAAAAAUUCCGCCAAGGGCAAGCCCAGGCAGCCGAGGUCGAGAGUGGCCAACGUUGUCGGCGGUUCGGACUCCGACAGCGAAACGGAGGUGUCUGUAAGAACUAAUCGCAUCAAAGUCGCUAGAGUGCCACCCAGGCCGCGAGCACCACCAACGAGGACGACCUCGCCUGAUAACUCUGAUAGCGAUAACAGCCCGGCGUCGAAACUGCAAGAGGACGACGCCGGCAACGUACAGGACAAGAAGAAAAGCGACACGCUGCGCCACGUCUUCUCUACGUCGAAGGGCGGCGGGAAGGGUGGUGGAAAAGGUGGAAAAGGUGGAAAAGGUGGUGGUAAAUGCGGUAUCUACGUGGAAGAGUACACGAGUAAUUCUGCUACGCACACGCCGACCGGCGGGGACAGCCCAUACAAAAGACCGUCCUCGCGGACGUCCAGUGGUGGAAACAAUAUUCUUCUGCGCUCGCCUCUAGCACUCACACACGUGAAUGGCGUACCGAGUCUCGUGUGCAAGAUCGAUCUCGCCAGGAUAUCCUCGCAAUUACUGCAACUAUCGAGAGGGCAAGAGUUACGACAGCGUACGGAAUUGCCCGACACCAGGCCGUCUUCGAGGCAGAGACCGUCCUCUAGCUUGGCGACUUCGCAACCACCGAGGCCGUCCACGCCAGAGGAGGGUGAGAUCAUAGACACGCCACCCCCGCAGCAGCAGGUCGUGUCAGAUCGCGCGAGGAUUCACCGUUCUGAUGGACUGUUGGGCGAGGGUGACGGUAGGAGUUCACGUUCUGUGAUCAAAGGCCAGCCGAUAUCGUCGGACUCGAAGAGCGGCGGUGUUAUUCUCGGAGGUGUUGGAAGUGCUAGUGGUACCGGUGCGAUCGGUAAUGCACUCAAGAGGAAACGUAAUCCGAGUUGCAGUUCCGUGUCCAGUUUGAGCCCUGUUCAGUGUUCGAUGGACGCGAAAACGAAGAGUUCGUCCGAGCAUAAGGACAGGAGCCGCAAAAGACAACGGAGGCAUGUCACAAACGACGGAUUAAUGUCCAGUCAGCAAAGUGAUAUUCAACCGACAAAUCACGAGAGGGACGAGAAACAAGAUACAAGUUUAUUACCACCACCACCUCUUCCAGCUCAGCGCGUCUACUAUUCUUACUUCGAUCCUCAGAAUGAAAUAUUAGAAGAUCAGGAUAGGGACCACGACCAGUACCUGACCGAAGCUAAGCGACUAAAGCACAAUGCCGACGAGGAGAAUGAUCUUACGGCACAGGGCAUGAUGUAUCUGGAGGCCGCUCUGUACUUCCUUCUAACGGGCGACGCGAUGGAAUCAGACCAAGUUACGGAAAAAGCCUCGUAUACUAUGUACAAAGAUACUCUUAGUCUCAUCAAAUACAUCUCGUCGAAAUUCAAGAGCCAAUCCAACAACUCACCCGAGAACAGUAUACACACUAAGCUGGCCAUCCUGAGCCUUUGGUGCCAGUCACGCUUGUACUCCAAACUUUAUAAUAUGCGCAAACAAGAGAUGAAAGAGGUUCAGAAGAUCGUCAACGAUUUCAAUCAAAAGCAAUCACAGCAAUCAGCAGCUCAGACAACGCCUGCUCAGGGGGAGGGACAAGGUACGCCUUCUCUUUCGCCUACACCGUCGCCCGCCGGUUCUGUAGGUUCCGUCGGUAGUCAAAGUUCCUCCGGAUACAGCAGCGGUGGGCAACAUCCGGCAACAUCGGUCAAUGGCCAAUACAUUAGCGUGCCUGUGCACGUCUACAAUGCAAUGAUAAAGCAAAAUCAGUAUUCAGGUUUACUUAUGAAUGGCCAUGACCUUUGGGAACAGGCAAUAAAGCAGGCGAAACAGGAGGAGAAUAGAAGCUUUUUCAUCGACUUGGAUCGAAGAUUGGGACCCCUGACAUCGUAUAGCUCGCUACGCGAGCUCGUGCGUUACGUUCAAGCGGGUAUAAAGAAGUUACGAGCUCUCUGACCACAGUGGCACAGCCCCCGACCACCCACCCCAAACUACAUUACUUCUCUUCCUCAAAACAUAGUCACUUACCCGACCAUGUACACGUAGUUGCGUAGCGUCGUUGCGUCAAUCAUUGUGACGUCAAUCAACAACCCAGCGAUGCAGGGAGACGUGAGAAACGGGAAGGUGCGAUAGCGGUGAUAUAGCGAAAUCAUGGACUAUUUUCUCUGCGAGAAGUGGUCUCGGGGGUGCGAUCGAAUCGAUAACGAGGGUCACGGCAAUGUAGAAAAAGGAGAGAAAAACGGGAGCAGCUCGUGAGCAGGUCUCCUUUAGUCGGACGACGUGGAGGCAUUCUUGAUAUAAAUUUAGCAGCAAGUUUAUAGUCAAUUGCAAAGCGCGUGCCUGAGGGGGCGAGGGGAAAAGGCGGCCGACCGAGGGAGGGGAGUCGCUUUAUCUUACCACGGUGCAUAAACGAACCUCGUGCACUUUGUUUAGAGCACGUGUUACUUACUCUCGAGGCGCAGGGGAGAAUCGGCGGGGGGGGGGGGGGGGGAUGAUAUCGAGACGCUCGCGUGCGACGAUGCGAGUGCAUUAGAUUUCUAGCGAGCCGUGAUAACUCGUGUCUAUUUUUCCGAAGUGUCCGCUUUUGUAAGUUAACGCAUAGAUAUCGACGCGAGUUCGAGAGGGAGGGGGGAGAAUCGGAGGAAAAUAGGAAAGAGGGGAAUAAGUGAGGGAAAGAUAAUGACCGAAAAAGGAAAAAAUGAGAAAAAAAAGUGAAAACCACUAAAUGGGUAGUAAGUGCCACGUAAAAAGCGCCCGUGUGUUCUCGCUUCACGGUGCGCCCACAGCCGACGUUACCUGAAGCAUGAGUAUCGUUUCGGCGAUUCAAGUGCGAUGAAUAUAAGGGAUAUAUACAUAUUUAAUAUAUAUAUAGUUUAUUACCUAUAUAAAUAUAUAUAAAUAGUUAUAAAGAUAAGAAUAUAUUUAAUGACGCGAAGAGAGAUAAUGCAUCUCGCGCGCCGGCGCCGCGUUUCAGUAUAGGGGAACAGACGACAGUUGUAUUCGCGAAUAGGAGAAGAAAUCGUGAUAAAAUGAGAAAGAGAAAGAGGAAGAGAGCGGACACAGGAUUAGAGUGUUUUUCGGUGGAAAGAUGCGCGAGCAACAGGAUCAACAACCAGGAUCAAGCGAUGUGCUAUAGUUAAACUAUAGUCUAACGUUUGCGUGCGAAGCACACGACUCUUUUUUGUAGAUAGAUCACGGGGGAAGUAAUUUAGAUUAGAGUAAUUAAUAUGCAAACAGGAAAAGCAGUAAACAGAUGCGACUAUACCAAUACAUAUUAUUUACAUUAUCUAGAGUUAAAACCGGGAGAAACAAGUAGAGGUUCUAGUGCGAUUGAAAAGUAAAGAAGGAAAAAAUAAUGACAUACCACAUACACGCAUAUACCAAUAGCAUGAUUUAAUGAAACGCAAGCGAGGGAAGAACAAAGCGAAAUAAAACGCAUGCUAAAAGUGCGUGGUGAACGGUGUGACGGGCAAAAUGUAUUCGCGAAUAAUAAGUAACAAAUACAGUAUUCGAGAUUGCUGAUCGCGAAUGAAUUUCGCCCGUCUACCGGAUGCCGAAGAGGUGAAUAUCCUCUUGCGCGCACGGCAUGAGAUGCUAACGAUGGAAAACAAUGAGAAAAAGAACAAGCGCAAGCGGAUAAGCAAGUUGCUCAUGUGUAUAUUUUUGUAAAUAGAUAUUUGUGAGUGCCGCCGUCUUGAGGGCGGUCUACCGUUGUCGAGUUCGCGGUAGAUCGGCCCGCCCCAAUUUUUGCUACCACAGAUCUUGUCCAGAAUCGGGUAAGAGAUUAACAAAUAGGAAAAAAGAGGGAUAUGAGAAUAUGUAACGAAUCAAUACAUAACGAAAUGUCCGUUGAAUUUAGUUCCGAAAGAAAAAUAUGCUCUCCGCGCUUUCUUUCUUUGAGAAUGGCCCGUUCGUGCGUUCACGUUACUCUCUCAGACGAGUUUUUCGAUCUGUCCCCGUUCUUACGAUCGCUUCUCGAUCAUCGAAUCGUGCCGAGAAAAAUUCUGAACGCGUCACGGUAGCUUCGUUAUUUCGAGUUUUACCAGUGAUUUGAUUCGCCUCAUGUCUCAAACGCAUCUCUUCCCCCGCAUUCAAUUAACGAAUCGACAACGAGUGGAUUGCAGCGGGAAAGUACGUACUCGGUAAUCGUUCCGAGUUUCAUUUUCUCGAUAAAAUGCCGAAUUUGACGAAACAAACUUGCGAAAUCCGAAUUCACGAAUCGAAGGGAUUUUUAUCAAAUAUAAGAUCGAAACACGAUCGCGUAGUUUUAAUACAUAUCCGAAAUCUAAACUUAAUUCUCUCUUAAGUGAUUAACGAACGUUACCCAGCCGAAGAAUAACCGGCAAUAUUCCCCGAAACCGUAGGACCAAUUAUCAUUCGUUUAAUUUACAAAAUCGCGUUGUUGUCUCGUUGCUGAUGUGCUCUGUUAGCAACAUCAGGAAAGAUAACGAAGAGAAAACGCAGGCGGAUUGGCGGGAUCACGACGGCCCAUAGUUACUAAGCGCGGUCCAAUGGUUCACGGGAUACAAUUUUAUAUUUCGCGAGUGCUAAAGGAUAAAGAGAAGAGACUAAAAGUUAAAAGUAAAAAAAAAAAAAAGAAAAAGAAGUCUAUUAAGGAGCUUCAAGAAUAUUUUCGAGACACAUUUAUAGCAGAUACAUAUAUCAGGCCCAUUUUCCCGCCAGGCCGACCGCUCUAAAAAAAAAAAGAAAAAGAAAAAAGAAAGAA